AUGGCGGACGCAGAUGAGGACCUGCCGCAGCCUACCGAAUCUAAUCCUCCAGAGGAUACGGAGCUCGACGACGAAGUGCCCGAUUUCCGCCUACUCUCAAACUUCCUCAAGUCCAAUGGCGCCCCAGGAAAGAUACCUAAGCGCGGCGAGAAGGACUUCGAACCGCAUCCUACCGCUCAGCAAGCCUCCACCCUCGAAGCCAGCCGCCAGGCAAUGCACGACGCGCUCGCCGUGACCCGCGUACACGUGCCGAGGAACCACGAGAUCGCCGUGUACGAGCCGUCUGUAAAUAUGGCGUAUGUCGAUAAACCGAGGAAUACCCACUAUCGCACCAUGGGAAAGGCGGUGGGCAAUAACAGGUUGUGGCUACUGCCCGAGGAAGCGCUCUAUCUGCUUGAAAGGGGCACUCUAGAUAUUCGGUGGCCUGCUAUCCACUCCAAUGACCACAACGGCGAUGGGCCUGAGCAGCCGCUUGAAGCUGGCGAAGGGCAAGAGGACAACGGAUCAGGCCCAGAGAAUGCCCAUGGUGUGCCCAUGAGCCUGCAGGGAGCCUACGCGACAUUCAUCGGAUUUGAGGCCUCGAGAGGCGGCAGCUUGACGCUGGAGCGUUACACUGUGUUCGCGUACCUCAAGCGGCUAGGAUACGUAGUCCACCGCGCGCCAAGCUGGGGCGGGCCUACCGGAGCGAUCCCACCAGAGAGCCUCCCACCAGUUGACCUGCCGAGUAAACACUGGAGCUCUGGCUUCUUCUCCGAGAUGUGGCGGAGACUGAGCGACGCCCCAGGGCCGAGGCAUCCGCAUGGACGCCUGACAACAGGUCCACUCAUAACACCGGGCCUGUAUCGGUCUUACAGUGACAUCUACCGACUCCUCCAGAUAGUACCGUGUCACGAUCCCAAGACGCCACCGAGGACCUCAACAUUCAAUGUCUCCUCGGAAGACGAGCAUCCCUUCCACGUCACGUACAAUGUCUGGAAGCCGAACACGCCCUUCAAAAAGACCGCUCCCGGCCCGCCAGACUUCUACAUCUGUGUCGUCAGCGCCCGGGACUCGUUCUUGCCGACAUCGGAUCAGCUCAACGAUCUAUUAGCAACGGUGCCAUAUGACCCGCCAAAGAUGGAUGGCAACUUAUAUCAGAAGCUAAAGCAUGGAUAUCGGAACGUGAUUAUCGCAGUCGUCGAUCAGGGCCUUACAAGCUUCCUACGUGUCGCGGAUGCCGGUUUCGGGGUAGAGAAGCUGUAUGAGAGAAAGCCAAGGGGUGCUGGUGGGAAGAGGGGCGGAUUCCGUGGGCGAGGACGGGGCAGAGGAAGAUGA